AUUCAUUACAUUUCAAAGGGGAGUGACGCAGUUAUUGUACAUCUAUAGAUACUCCAUGCUUUUUUUUCAUAUGACCUGAAAUCACAUUUUUUUUUCAUCAAACUUUAGCUAUAAAAUUCCUCAAACACAUUAACGGAGAGGAAUUCUAAUCGUUAUCUGGAGGCUGUAUGACGGAUCUCUACGUCUCUUGAAUUUGGAUGCCAUUCUGGUUGGAGGUUGCGGUAGACCCCGAGGACUGGAUGCGAUAACCAGGACGAAACAUGCCGCAGCCAAAAUCACGAAAAAUCGCCAUCCUCGGGUACAGAUCCGUAGGAAAGUCUUCCUUGACAAUUCAGUUUGUGGAAGGCCAGUUUGUGGAUUCCUAUGAUCCAACAAUAGAAAACACAUUUACUAAAAUGAUCACAAUAAAUGGACAAGAGUACCACCUUCAGCUUGUAGACACAGCAGGACAGGAUGAGUACUCCAUUUUCCCUCAGACUUACUCCAUAGAUAUCAACGGUUACAUUCUGGUCUAUUCAGUUACAUCUAAUAAAAGCUUUGAAGUUGUACAGGUUAUCCAUGAAAAACUGUUGGACAUGGUGGGGAAAGUUCAAGUUCCAAUUAUGCUUGUCGGAAACAAGAAUGACCUACAUAUGGAGCGAGUAAUCAGUUGUGAAGAGGGAAAAGCAUUAGCUGAAUCCUGGAACGCAGCCUUCAUGGAGUCCUCAGCUAAAGAGAACCAGACGGCAGUAGAGGUUUUCCGAAGGAUGAUCCUGGAGGCAGAAAAGAUGGAUGGCGGCGUACAGCCGGGAAAAACAUCCUGCUCCAUGAUGUAGAGCCGCCCAAUCAACACACAGGACACUGCACUGGGAUAUCCCGUUACUUGAAGGCUAGCUGCCAGUUCUCCUCCACCUCAGCUGACUCCACCCUCCCUCUCCCCACUCCUACCCCAUCCCCGCAGGGUCCUAAAUAUCCAAUACUGUAUAUUUAUGGCUGUGAUGGACUGGUGACCUGUCCAGGGUGUAACCUGCCGCUCACCUGCUAAAAGCUGGGUUAGGCUCCAGCUGCCCCGCGACCCUUCAUUGGGCGAAGCGGUAUAGAUAAUGGAUGGAUGGUAUAUUUAUGGCUCUGACUCCACUGUUAUUUAUCAGUAUUUCCUAUUUCCUUCUGUCAUCCUUGUUUUUCUUUGCGUGUUUGAUGGGAAUUAAAAAAAAAAGGAUGAGUGGUGGUAAAAAUGUCUUAAAUUUCCCACAAUUCACCCCUUCAUCCCUGUGCUUAGCACUGAUGCAAAACAGAAAAACAGCAUAUGCGGAUGUAUCAGAAAAAAUGUUUCCUUAGAAGUGGACAACAUGUAUCUAGGAGCAGAGAUACAUAAGUAGUGGCUUGAUGCAUCUUAGCUUCUCAUUUUGUAGUUUCCAUAUGAGCUACAGGCUGUUUAAAUACACAAGAUAAGAGAGUUGUCAUGUUUGCCAUGCAUACGUUCUUUCUGCAAACACAUUUCUUCUGAUACAUCAUGCUGUUUGGGCCCUCCAGUAUACAGAUCUUUUUCUACUUCAUCACCCCGCAAAUCCUCUCUGUCCAUCAGUUUGUUUCAUAGCGGUUACUGUCAGCCAAAACAAAAUCUGCAUCCAUUUUCUAAUGUUGAAAAUGUUGUACAAAUGUUUUUGAUUGUAAUCAUUAAAGCAAAAAGUGGUUA